CUUGUAAAACCCAGACCAGAGAGUGUGAGAAAGCUCUUAUCUUCUUCUUUCUCCAAUGUCGAGAGGACCAGGGCGUUUGGUGCAGAACUUGACAAAGUUCGCUGAUGCUCAAUUCAAGCAAUUCUCCACUCGUUAUGGACAACAAGUCAUAGAAAUUCUCGAUUUCCCAGUCAAGCUUGUCUUGUCUCCUUUCACUCUCGCCUUCGACAUCGCUGGCUCUGCGCCUCGUGGUUUUGGCAUCCCCGAAUUCAUCUCCAAGAUAUCUUAUCUCUCUGUUUUCGCAGUUGCUACGCUUGGAACUUAUGACAUUGCAUUGGAUUUGGGGAAGAAAGUCAUAUGCCAAAGGGAUUGCAAAACUUGUAAUGGGUGGCAGGCAUUGCGGUGCACCGUGUGCAAAGGAACAGGGAAUGUUCAUUACCAGAUCAAAGAUUACAACUUGAGAAGUGGAGAGAAACCAACAGCAGAUUGUGUUGCAGAUGCCAUAGUUGAGAAUCGAGCUGAGCUGGUUCAUCUUCCCUCCUCCAUCAACCUUAGUGCACCAUUGCCAUCAAAAGACUGCCCAACUUGUGAUGGAACGGGUGUGAUGAGCUGUCCUGAAUGCAAGAACAAGCUGCAAGUCAGGAUCUCAGCUGAUGAUAUCAUGGAACCUCCAUGGAAAGCCUACAAUGUGCUGAGGAAGAUGGAUUAUCCCUACGAGCACAUUGUUCACAGCAUGAAAGAUCCCAGCAUCGCAAAUUUCUGGUUGAUCACUUUGCCUCAGAUUAUGGGUGGGUUUGAUUAUGAUGAAGAUGUCAAGAGGAAAAUAUGGUUGCAAUACGACGAAUCCAUGCGAUAUGAUCAACUCCGGGACUUGGUGGCUAAACGAAACCCUGGCUGGGAAUAUCUGCAGGAUGCCUUAAUUUCCAUUGAUCCUGACCGUGCUCGAGAAGACCCCGUCAUAGUGAGAAAUGUUCCUUUUUACAAGGCUAAGAAAGCACUGGAGGCUGAAGUCACAAAGCUCAAUCCACCUCCUCGUCCUCAGAAUUGGGGUGACCUGAAUCUGCCAUUGAAUACUUCCUCUUGGAGUGAAGACGAUCUCAAGAACCCGGCAAAACUGUACGAGAAGACAGUUCUUCUCAAUGCUCAAAGAGAGAUCGCAGACAAAAUCUUGGAUGCACAAUGGGAAGCUAAAUGGCGUCAAGAGAAGGUGGAGGAAAUGUUGGAGGAGAAAGUGAGACCGUUCAUCCAAGACUCAAGCAUGGCUGUUCUUCCGCAACCCAUCUUGUUAAAGUCGCAGAAGAAAAACCAAAAGGGAAACCGGCAACGGAAGUGGUGGUUCUUUUAAACGUCCCACUGUCCCACAGUGUGUCGGAACGAAUCUAGAUCAUUGAAUUUUUCUAUCGAGUUUGUAAUGAAAAUAUGUUUUUUGACAUUAACUUGCUGGGUCUCGGAUAGUGUCAAUUUUAUUUUAAUUUAUGUUCAAAAUUGUUUUGUUUUCGA